AUGUCUGUUUUACGACGUGUACUGUGCCAGAACAGGUGGUUACCACAAACCAGAGCACUUUCAACACAAGGACCCUUAGUGGAUCUCAAAGUGGACGAUGGCGGUGUGGCUAUAAUGACUUUACAGAGACCACCCGUAAACAGUCUUAACCUGGACUUGCUCAAAGAAAUGAGCAAAUCAUUAGACGAAAUUGCAAAGAAUAAAAGUAAAGCCAUGAUUUUAACAUCAGCGUCGCCAAAAGUAUUUUCAGCAGGUCUUGAUAUAAUGGAGAUGUAUAAACCAGACCUUAAACGGGUAGAGGAGUUCUGGACAACACUUCAAGAAGUUUGGUUUAAAUUGUUCGGUUCAAACUUUAUAACUGCUGCUGCAAUCAAUGGUCAUGCUCCAGCAGGUGGUUGCCUUCUGGCUAUGUCUUGUGAAUACAGAGUUAUGACUGGCGGCAAUUUCUCAAUUGGCCUGAAUGAGACGGCUUUAGGGAUUGUCGCACCAAAUUGGUUUAUGGACACCAUGACUAAUACUAUACCUGUUAGAGAGGCUGAAUAUGCACUCACAACUGCCAGAAUGUUCAAUGUUGAAGAGGCUUUAAAGGUUGGACUUAUAGAUGAAGUAGCAACUGACAAAGAUGAUGCUAUUGCUAAAUGCAAAGGAUUUAUUGCAAAGUUCGAUAGAAUCCCGCCAUUGGCUCGUUCUAUCACGAAAUUGAAAAUGCGACAAGCCGCCAUAAAGAGAUUACAGGACGGUAGACGUGAGGAUUUGAAUGAGUUUAUGCAAUUCGUCCAAAAUCCUAAAAUCCAGAAGAGCCUUGAAAUGUAUAUACAAUCAUUGAAGAAGAAAGCUUAA